CGGAUUUCCAGCUUCAGCCAAGCAUCCACCUCCAACACAUUCAUGAAGCAGGGCAGUUCGCAUCGAAUGUCGCCUUAGCAUGAUGCCCAUGCUUUGAAUCCCAAAAACCAGGAAAUGGGACGGCAACCGUAUAUAAUUCGGCUCGCUUUGGGUCGGUCUCCCUACGAACUUCCAGAUAGUUCAAGUACCCAAGCGACAAUCACGACUCAAAGUCAUGAUGAUGACUCUGCCCACACGGACGAAGAUUAUGUUCAACAGUAUGACGAAAGAGGCCAUCCAGUCUUUCCCAAAUCCAAGGCUCUUGCUCGCGAUCUCCGUCGAGCUAAGAAUGAUGUCUUAUCAACCAUGGGGGUUGUGGUCAGUGGGGAGACUGGUCGCUCGGGGACCACCAGAGAUAAGAAAAAGGUCAAAGAUAUCACGGCAGAGAAUGAUUACGGCCUAGUAAUUGAAACUGUUGAUCAUGUUAUGUAUUUUUUUGGGUCUUGGUGGGUUGGGAGUUUUGGUAGUCGUAUCCAGACAUUCAAACGCUACACGCAUAACUCAUUUUGGAAUCUCAUUCAGUCUGAAAUCCGGGAGGUUGGUUGGACAGGCUUGCUAUUUGCAGGCAUCCCUGCUUGGGCAAUAAGGGUGAUACUACCUAUUUGCCGUACCCACGUAGUUGAACCAUUGAUUUUAUACUUUCAAAACAAAAUAAUCUCUCGAUACGGUGCCAGAUGCACAUCUUUGGUUCAGAAUACGUCGUUGGCUCUCAGGUCAAUGAUUCGCAUGUUUCUCCCUAUUUUAUUCGAACAAGUUCACAUGUUCUGCGUACUACAAACGAUUCAAAUUAUCCCUCAUACAUCCUUUCCAAAGAUAUUCUUCUCACUUCCAUUUACUCAGUCCUCUUUGGUUCGAUUGCCAUCGCUUCCAGCAACCUUUUCCACCACCACUCUCGGGCAAUUUGCUUCAGGGCUCAUAACAGCUCCAUUCACUCUCGCCUUCACCUACACACUUCUUCGACCGUUCAUUGAGGACAGGAUUUACCGAAUUAUUCGAAGGCAGCUACCCAAACAAGAACAACCUGAUGAAUUUUCACUCCAGGUUGCCAUGGAAAAUGAUCUUCUGGCGUGGACAAUACCAGUAGUUGCACAACAAGUGGAAGAUGGGACUCGGAGCAAUCUUAGCGUAUUGGAAAUUUUUAAAGAAGAAUUCCAUGACCUACAAAAACAGCUGAUUAACUGGCUGGACUGGGGCUGGAGCUGGGGUCGGGAAAACUCAUUGAACAGUAAAAUGAGCAACCCUUCAAUCCCAGAUUUACCAGAACCCACGCAAACCUCAACCCAAUCAGUGCAACAAGAAGCCGAACACACACCAACCGGUGAUGAAGUUGAAUCUUCCUUUGAUACUAGUUUGAUCCUUGCCAAUGAGCAACUCACUCAUUCUCCAGCUCAGAUUACUCCGAGGUCUCUAGAUGGAUUGCGUCCACUUGGACAGGCUGGAGUUGACUCCAUCAAUGAUUCGAAUGCUACGGAGACCUCUUGGUUGCCUUUCCAAGAUAACGACCUAGGGUCACGUCCUGAUACGCUGUUAUCGCGUCCUGCAAGCCCAGAAUCUCCACCUACUUCUCCUCGUAUUCGUGCAUCACUCACCCACCAGAACUCUUUUACCACCACCAUGGAGCUUUCUCUCCAAACAAGCCGAAACACGCAAAGAAAUCAACAAAUCGACACUGAAGUUGUCAGUCAUAAUACAAACGGCAUUUUAGAUGACUGGUCACUUCAAAUCGACAACUCAAUGUCACAGCCCACCCCACUGGAUUUGACUCUGGACCAUCCAGACCUCAUGUUACCGGAUUCUCUAGAAAAUGAUAUUGCAAGACACGCUAUCGCGGUGCCUCCUGAUGUCUCUGAAAUUGCUCAGCAACUUGCUUUAAAUCCUGAAGGAGUACACGAGCUUUUAUGGGGCGUGAGCGAUGAAAACACAGUGGUCCCUGCGGCGGACCAGCUGACAGUUCUCCCGGAUACAAUCGAAGAGCCGUUGCAUAGCCCUACAUACCAGGAUAACAUGGACCUCCUUUCCGAAGUUGGUACCCAGGAGCUAGCGCAGGUAGACCCUGAUUCAUUACCUCUAGUGAGAUCACGGAGCCAGCAUGAAACGGGGCCGCUCAAACAACGAGUCACAGUUCUAUCCUCCGUUCCUACCAAUGCCCUAGCACACCAUCUUGCUUCUCUGAUAACCGGUGUACUAUUUAUUCCUUUCCGGUCAUUUCUCUACCGUACCCUAGCCACCUCAUACCUCACUUCCCCUACUGCAGAAAUCUAUGGUGUAAACAACGCAGUCUCAUUAUCUGAUAUUCGCGGCAUCAACGCGUUUGCAGGUGGUGGAAGCCGACAGGAUAUGGUGGCAUAUAUGGGUAAGCUGGCUGUGGUAUGCUGUCUUCAAGUAGCUGUGAGUGGCGGCAUUCUUAAUAUCUGCUCUGCAACGGCUAUUGGAAUCGGAAAAAGGUUGUUUAGAUGGGGCCAGCUGUGAUUUUUCAUGUUUCUUUACAAAUAUGGCCUUCUCUAUAAUCAGGGUGGCUUGCGCCUACGCAGCUUUAUGUAUAUAUAUGGGAUAGAAUAAUUAGUUUAUUUCAUCGCAAUUGAGAAAGCGACCUAACCAGUAACAAACAAUGAAG